AUGUCAUUCUCUAGAAAAUACUUCAAACGGAUCCCGAUUUACGUAGUAGAAAAUCACGACGAGGUAAGUUUCCAAAUGAUCAACAUCUUAGUUUGUUUACAUCGCAACUUGUUCUGUCUAAAUUUUCUCGUUAGCACGCUAGAGGCGCUGCGAGCGCUUUAGCCACCAAUGACGAGUUGGUCACGUGAUUAAAAGCGUUGAAAUUAGAAUCGCGCAACGUUAAAUUUAAACGGUAGUAGAAAUUUGAAUUUCUUGUGAAAUUUUGCAUUUUUUUAUUAGGUGCUACCGUUUAUUUAUCGAUGUUUGGGAUCGAAACAUCUUCCGUUCGAAGGAAACGCAUUCGUGCAUUUAGACUCGCAUCCUGACAUGCUUAUACCGAAAACGAUGUUGGCGAAUACCGUAUGGGAUAAAAAUCAAUUAUUUAGUGAAAUUAGCAUCGAAAACUGGAUAUUACCUGCUGCGUAUGCUGGUCACUUUAAGCAUCUGAUCUGGGUCAAACCACCGUGGGCAAAUCAAAUGGUCGAUGGCGUAACAACCUUCUUCAUCGGCAAACAUAAGGACAACGGAUCAAUAAGGUAAGUCGCAAUUUUAUUAUUUUAUUUUCAUCGUAUAUCAAAUGGAAUUAUGGUUGUAAAUGCAUUGUUAAUCAUCAUGUGUUUGUAUAUACAGGCUGUCCCAUAACUGAUGGUACAAUCAAAUAGGAGAUAAUUCUAUGUGAAAAAAUGAGUCAAAAAGAGAGAAUAAAAUUUGUUUAUUUGAGGUUUUCAAGAGAAUCGUUUGAAAAUUUAUCAACUUGAAUUUAACUAAUUCUAGACGUGACAGAAAAUUAAUAAUAGAAUAAUUAAUAAUUAAUAGAAGGUUAUCCUACACGCGAAAUUGA